GGCGGGAGAAGAGAGAGAGGACCUACGAGUGCGAGAGGGAGAGGAGAGAGUGCGCUACAACUCUCUCUCCCUCUCGUUGUUUCUGGGCGUACUCACACUAGGACUUUUUCCAGCUCCCUGUGGACGUAAUUGCGAUCAGCUGCAUCUAGGCGCGGUCGUAAAAGCAGUCAGAUACAUCCAGGAAUGUCAUUGAUAGGUUUCUACUUGUUGUCCUGAUAGCUGUUUCAACUGCAUGUGGACUCGUGUGAAAGGUGUGACAGGUUUCUACUCGUUGUCCUGAUGGUGUGAGUACCCUUUCGACAGAUUUCUACUGGUUGGUAGACAACAGCUUUGAACUUGCAGCUGCAUGCACUAGCAGUGGCAGAGCGCCCUGGUCGCACACAACACAAAAGGGCUUCACGGGAAGGAGCCAUCCAGCCUCGCUCAUGACAGCAGGCUGGCUACCGAGCAGGCUGUCGACAAACGGCGUCGUGAUCGCAGGGCAUAUUUCAUCUGUAUGUGUGCUCCUUCGGUGGCAGAUUUGUACUGGUUCGCGGGCAGCAGCUUCGAAGCUGCGGCUACAUACGCCGCUGGUAGAGCGCCCUACCUUUAGUCACGUAUACAGUACUAAAGAGGGAGGGGGGAGGGGGAGGGGGAGGAAGGAAGGAGCCUCUGCCCCCGUUGAGCCUCACUGAUGAUCACUGGCAGGCUUCCAAGUAGGCUGUCAACUUGCAGCAUUGUGGUUGCAGGGCGUUUUGCUGCAUCAAGGCAUGCCGUUCGGCUACCUAGAUCCUGGCCCCCUGCCGUCAGCAGAAUGAUCUCCAGAUCGGUGCAUUCGUUGGUGGAGGUGUGUGCAUGUUCCGCCGAGUUCCACUUGGCAGGGUCAGGGACCAAUGUAGGUGGGACCAGGCUUCUUCCGACGUCAGAGUCAGCAGGAGAUCGGUGGAUGUUUGGAGGGUGUCCUGUGGCUGCAGGGCGAUACCAAGGGGCUGCCCAAGACGUCUGUGGUGUUGCAUCAAGCCGCAGAGGCAUCCCUGCUUAUCGAUCAAGUCAACGAGACAUCUGUACCGUUGGAUCCCCUCGUGGGAGCCAUAGGUUUCCCAAGAAUGUUGGGGGUUCUGCUUCUGCUGCUGCGGUUGCUGUUGGACGCCUGCGUGGGAGCCAAGAAUGGCCGGCAUACGCAGACUUGGCAGGUCAGGAGACCAUCACCCAGAGGAGUUUGCAUGGUUGCUGUGGGGCCAGAGCUAGGUCUGCACAUCUCACGGGAACACGUGCGCCCUGUGCACCAAGGUUUCUCCUACAGUCUCUUCUUGACAUGAAGAGUAGGAUGACGAAGCACAGCCGAAACCGCCUCCUCAAGGGGACUGUGGCGGAGCCUGUUCUGAUUUCCACGAGAGGGCUUCGGCGAAUACACAAGGUCCAGGAAGGUAAGGAGGAGGAAGUAGAUAGGACCAGGACAUGCAACGCAGUUGGAGGAGAUGAGACGAGGACACCACCGGUGAGCGUGAAGGCAGUUGGAGGAGAGGAGACGAGGAGGGAGAGGGAGAGUGACUACAAGGCAGUGCAGCGAGAGAGCGAGGGGGAAGGAGAGCGUGUGGAGUUCCGGCUUUUUAACACGAUGACGAAGCAGAAGGACGUGUUCGUACCAAAGGUGGAGGGGAAAGUGGGAAUGUAUGUCUGUGGUGUGACAGCUUAUGACUACAGCCACAUCGGGCAUGCCAGAGUCUAUGUCGCAUUUGACGUCUUGUACAGGUACCUAAUGGCUCUUGGUUAUAAAGUCACGUAUGUAAGGAACUUCACAGAUGUAGAUGACAAGAUUAUUGCGAGAGCUGCGGCCAUUGGCGAGGAUCCACUGAACCUGAGCACCCGGUUUUGUGAGGAGUUUCAAAUGGAUAUGGCUGCACUUCGGUGCUUGCCACCGUCCAUAGAGCCCAAAGUUUCCACACAUAUCAAGCAGAUUAUCGACAUGAUCCAAAGUAUCCUUGACAACGGCCAUGGAUAUGUAGUGGAAGGGGGAGAUGUGUUCUUUUCAGUUGAUAGCAUAGAGGGCUAUGGAGCAUUGUCUGGAAGAAAGCAGGAGCAAAACAGAGCUGGCGAAAGAGUGACCCUCGAUCAACGGAAGAAGAACCCUGCCGACUUUGCCCUUUGGAAGUCGGCAAAACCAAGAGAACCAGCAUGGGCCAGUCCCUGGGGUCACGGGCGACCGGGGUGGCAUAUUGAGUGCUCGGCAAUGAGUGCAGAACACCUUGGCCAUGAGUUUGACAUCCAUGGUGGUGGCCGUGACCUCAUCUUUCCGCAUCAUGAAAAUGAGUUGGCGCAGAGCCGAGCCGCCUGCAAGGGAAGUCACAUUUCCUACUGGGUUCAUAAUGGAUUUGUGACUGUUGAUGCUGAGAAAAUGUCCAAGUCCCUCGGCAACUUCUUCACAAUUCGUGAGGUGUUGGAUGUGUACCAUCCGCUUGCCCUGAGAUGGUUUCUGCUGGGCACUCACUAUCGAUCGCCAAUCAACUAUGCCAAGAGGCAGUUGGAGGAAGCUUCUGAUCGCGUCUUCUAUCUCUUCCAGUUUCAGAAUAGUAAUCUGGAUGUCAAAGCCGAGAUAGAUAUGCAAGAGGUGGAUCCAGAGCCGGAUAGAGUGCUUGAAGAACUGCGCCAGAAAGCGCUCCAGCGGGCAGGACUGACAGGUGAGGAGUUGGCAGCACGGAUGCGAGAAAGAGCCGAUGCCAGAUUGCAUAAGGAUUGGAGAAGGGCUGACGAGAUCCGCGAUGAGCUGGCAGCCGUGGGCAUUAUGCUUAUGGACGGUGGAGAUGGCACACUGUGGAGACCUGCUCCUGUGAUCGACGAAAUUCCCAAGCCCGUUGCCUCCUCUGCUUGACAUGCGCAUAUCCUAUACUUCUGCUGCUGAUGUAUGGCGAUUCACUCUGCCUGUUUCUCACAGCGUACAAGUGGGCUGUUAUGGCACACGGGGAUGGGGGCCAGCUCGCGCUCAACUUCAUCAAUGUGGUGAGCCUUGUACGUGAGAGGCACAGUGUAGGGGGAGGUAAAAGAAGAAUGAGAAAUUGAAUGUCUUCAAUGUGCCCUUGUUUUUUGUUCUGUAUCCUUUCUUUCGCAAAGUGCGCUCUCUUAGUUCAUAGCUAUGUGACAAUAUAUUGUCAUGGAGAAGUGCCCGGUGAACCUUAGGCAGUAAAGGAGAAAAGGACAAGAAAUGGGGGCUGUGACAGACUGUUUAGUCGGAGUUGCACGGACGCAUCAUACGUGUACACUGUACAUAUAUAAUGUCAGAUAGAACUGCCUGGUAAACAGUAGGGGGAGAGGGAGAAGAGAAGAACAAACACGGGUCUGUGACAGAGUGUUUCAUUGGAGUUUCACCGACUCGUCAGGAGGCUGAACCCUAUGUAUAUGAAGGGCAUUAUGACCAGAUUCCGAAUGAGAAGUCUUUGUGUAAGUACAUAAUAUAUGCCCCAAGGGACUCAAAUGCCCUAAGGUACUGGAGAGCAUUGGCCAAGUGCCUUAGGGCCUGAGGUAAUCCUGGAUCCUCCCCAUGCUACCCAGUAUACAUAAGCUUUAUAUCAAACCCGACACUUUUUCCCAUCACUGUUUGAAAUUUUUGCUUUUUACACUUUAAAGU